AUGUAUUAUGAUCUAUCAAAUGAAGCGAACGUAUCAAGUGAAACACAUAGUGGUGCUUUAUCAAUUGGUCCUUUUUACAUAGCACCACAACAGAUUGGAAUUGGUAUAAUGGUCGAAUUAUUUACAUUAAUUCCAAGUCUCUUAAUUGUUCAAUUCUUUCGACGUAUUCGACCUCGUCAACAAAUUGCACCAAUACGUGAAGCAUUACAUAAGAUGAAACCAUCUCGAAAAACGUUCGUAUAUAUAUUUCUAAAUACAUUCAUCGACACUCACAUUCUUGAUUAUAGUAGUUCGACAAAUGCCCCUGCAAUCAAGAAAAAAAAAUCUUCAAUAACAUUUCCUUGGUGGUGUUUAUUUAUUGCUUAUGGUCUUUCACUGAUAAUUAUUGCUCUUUCAAUAUUUUUUAUCAUUGUUCGAGGAAUUGAAUUUGGUGAUGUCAAAACUCAACAAUGGUUGACAUCUGUUCUUACUGGUUUUUUCUCAUCGGUUAUUUUCACUCAACCUAUUAAAAUUAUAUGUUUGGCUAUAUUCUUUAUAUGUUUUUGUCGAAAUUCAAAAGAUGACAAGGAAACAAGUGAAUAUAUAAAUGAAGAUGAUGAAUUUAACAUAUCCAAUGAUGAGGAGUAUCUUCAUUCACUUGAGUAUCGCUCAUUAUUUUCUUCUGAAUCUCGAAAAAGUAUUAAUCGUCUUAAUGAAAACGAAGUUGUUUAUGCUCGUGAUCAACGUCUAAAAGAAAUUCAAAUGUGGGCAAUUAUUUGGGAAUAUCUUAUUUAUUUCACAUUUGCAAUAUUAGUUUUUGUCAUAACUUAUUCAAAUCGUGAACAACAUAGUUUUUAUCAAGUCAAUCAUUUACGAGCUUAUUUUCUCAAUCAAAGACAAACAAAUGCUGAUUAUACUAAUAUCAAUACAAUCGAUGAAUAUUGGUAUUGGUUAGAAAAUAGUUUUGUUUCAAAGAUUCGUGCACAACAAUGGUAUAAUGGAGAUAUUCCACAAUAUUUAAAUGGAUUUUUAAAUGAUAAAUCUAAUCGAUUAAUUGGUUGGGCAACAAUGAGACAAUUACGUGUUAAAUCAGAAUUAUGUCCCGAUCAACGUGUUAUUUCAAUAUGUGAAGAUAGUUAUAGUUUCUUUAAUGAAGAGACAGAAUUAUUUCCACCAGGAUGGACAACAAAUGCAACGACCGAAGAAUUUAGUUCGUCAGUGAUAAAAGCAUUUAACUAUUCUACGAGUGAUGAAUUGGAUACAUAUUCGUAUGUAGGUGAAUUUGGAACAUAUAGUGGAGGUGGUUAUGUCUAUGAAUUUCGUGGUAGUUUAUCUGAUAUGAAAACAAAUUUAUCUGCACUUCAUCAAUUAGAUUGGAUUGAUGAGAAAACAAGAGCUGUUUUUAUUCAACUAACAUUAUAUAAUCCAAGUGUUCAAUUACUAACUGCAGUUACUUUACUUGCUGAAUUUUUACCAACAGGUGGUGUUUAUACAACAGCUCGUUUCGAACCAAUUAAUUUCUACACAUUUACAUCAAUAUUACAAUUAGUUUGUACAAUUCUUUAUAUAUUAUUUAUUAUUUAUUUUAUGAUCAUUGAAAUUCGAUUAUUAUUUGAAUUAAGACUAAAAUAUUUUUAUCAAUUUUGGUCAAUAAUUCAAUUAGGUAUCAUUGGUUGUUCAUUAGGAAGUAUUGGCGUUUAUUUUUGGCGUUUUCAAGAAACUAAUCGUUUAAGUGAAUUAUUUGAACAAACAAAUGGUUAUAUUUAUAUAAAUUUACAACUUGCAGUUUAUGUUAAUGAUAUUUUAACAUUUCUUCUUGGUUAUUGUUGUUUUUUUAGCAUGAUUAAAUGUCUUCACUUACUUCGUUUUAAUCAACAAAUAUCUUUAUUCGCUGAAACAUUAAAAUAUUGUGCAAAAGCACUGAUUUCAUUUUCAUUAAUGUUUGCCAUUGUAUUUAUAUCAUUUGUUAGUUUAUUUUAUUUAUUAUUUGUAUCAAAACUUUCGUCCUGUUCAAGUUUAUUAACAACUGCUCAAAUGCUUUUCGAAAUGACAUUAAUGAAAUUUGAUGCAUCACAAAUAAUGGAAGCUGAUGCUUUUCUUGGUCCAUUCUGUUUUGCUUUAUUUAUGUUUCUAGUUGUUUUUGUUUGUUUAAGUAUGUUUCUUUCAAUAAUUAAUGAUAGUUUUCGUCAUGCGAAAG